UGUUGACCACCUCCAGCCACCUCUAGUAACAACCCAACAUGGCUUCCGCGGAUCAAGUGGGUCUGAAUAAAACUUGGGAACUUUCGCUCUACGAAUUGAACCGAACUCCACAAGAUGCUAUCACCGAUAACACAGAAAUAGCCGUGUCUCCAAGAAGCCUUCACAGUGAACUUAUGUGCCCCAUAUGUCUUGACAUGUUAAAGAAGACGAUGACAACUAAAGAGUGUUUACAUAGGUUUUGCUCAGAUUGCAUCAUUACAGCACUUCGGUCCGGCAAUAAGGAGUGUCCAACGUGCAGGAAAAAGUUAGUGUCUAAACGAUCUUUAAGGCCUGACCCUAACUUUGAUUUGCUAAUUUCUAAAAUUUAUCCCAGUCGUGAUGAGUAUGAAGCGCACCAGGAACGAGUGUUGGCGAAGCUGAACAAGAGUCAUAGUCAGGCAGCUUUAGUGAACUCAAUAACAGAAGGUAUCAAGAUUCAGUUACAGAACAGGCCGCAGCGAGCAAGAAAAACAGCUACUGAACCAGAGACAACACCUAACAAUACACCCAAUACAAGUGCACCAUCUACACCGACGCCUCUACAGAACGAAAUACGUGAACCCAUUACAGUUCCAGCACCACCAGUUCUCUCCACAGCUGUUCCAGUGCCAACACCACUAAGUGGACCUCCUGGCACCGCUUCAACACAAGCAGCAACUUUACCACAACCUGUACCUCCACAGACAAACCAAAUUCCCCAACCAAGUGCACAACCUCAAUCUUCACAGCCUCCAGUACAGAGCUCUUUCCAUCCAAAACCGCCAAAAAGGGCAAAGUCUGUGCAUAAUUCUGAAAAUGAGUCUGCAGGUUCUAGUGUUGAAGCAGGUGGACAGGAUUCAUCUGUUGGAGAAGGUGAUGGUCCAUCAGAGCCCAUAAUGAUCAACGAGAUUGAACUAGUAUUCAAGCCACAUCCAACAGAAAUGGGUGGAGACAAUUCCUUGAUUAAGGCACUGAAGGAGAAUUCUGUUAGAUACAUCAAAACUACGGCAAAUGCAUCAGUGGAUCACCUGAGCAAAUAUCUUGCAAUGCGUCUUACUCUGGAUCUAGAUUCAGAACUCCCAGAAACUUACCGACUUCUCACUUUCUGUAUAUAUAUCGCACCAACACCUGGACAGCUUGUGGUCCUCAGUGGCAAUCAGACUCUGCGUCAAGUCAAUGACAAAUUUUGGAAAGUGAACAAACCACUUGAGAUGUUCUACUCCUGGAAAAAAUCCUAGGGCUAGGAUAACCACCUGUAUACUAGCAGAGAAGAUGUUAGGAAUUAAUAUCAAGUAAGUGGUAUAUUGCAUGUUGAAUGCAAAAUUGAUAAGCACAAUGUUUUUCAUGAUUUUGUUCUUAUUAUCAUUUUAAUAUAUGUGAAAUUACAUGAUUGUCUAGUACAUUAAGUGCUAAUCAUUUAGAAAUUGUAAACAGUUUUAACUAUAAAUUCAGUUCGGAUUCUGUAUGGGGAAGAUCACAAUGAAAAAGUUUUGGAACAUGGUUGUGCAUUUUCCAUCUAUUUAACUUGUGAGUACUACACGUAAAUGGUAGAUACUUUGCAUCGCUGUUGCAUAAGAGUGAUAGUCUAUUUCAAACAUUUAUAGGCUUGAUGUUCUUAUAUUUUCAAGUCCUUUAUGUGAAAGUAGAGUGCACAGUAUAAAUGAUGGGACAGGAUGCAUGAGAAGUGUGCACUAAAUUUCAGAACUUAAUUUUAUAUUGUGCCUUGUAAAUAUGUUACAAGUGUUGUGGGAUGUCUGUUUCUGUUGUUGUCAUUGUCUGUUACUCCUUAUUUUUCAUAUCGCUGUACAAGGUUCAUAAACCCUGAUGCAUACAAUUUUUAGAAGCCUUUGCAGGAAGCGAAGGAUGUGCUACUGGACCAAUUCUUCAUGUUCUCAAACUUCUGACCUCCCAUUGGUGCUUUCAGCAGUCCAAGCUGAUAAAAACAGAUGGAGGCCAAGUCUGGACUAUACAAUGUGUGGUCAUUUUCUCAAGAACAUAUAAUUGUUGUAUGAUACGGGGCCCAACAUGGCAGACAUAUACUGUAUUACUGAGAACAAUGUUAACCAAUUCUGACCUUAUUCUAUUAUUCUCAGCAAGGAAAUUCAUGUAACAUUGUCAUGCUGUAGAUCUUCCUGAUAUAUUUUCACUGUAUAUAAGAAUAUACUGUAAUUAAACUCUCUGGCUAGAUGGUC